AUGAAUAGGAUACAUAGGCUACUAAAGCCAGUUAAGGUGGAUUGGAAUAACAAGCUCAUUAAUAUUCACUGGAAUGACAACAAAUCGUGUAACUUUCAUAACUUAUGGCUUAGAGACCACUCUAGGGACGCACACUCAUUCCAUCCAAUCACAAAGCAGAGGUUGGUGGACACUUACGCCAUUCCAGACUCAAUACAGCCCAUUGAAGUAUCUCAAUCAGACACCACGCUCUCUGUUCGUUGGAAUGACAACUCAACGUGCAAGUACCCGUAUCACUGGCUAUAUAAUAAUAGCUACUAUCCCAAGCUUAGUGAGGUUAAGAGGGAUAUAAAACCAACCUGGAAUGCCCAGCAGAUACGCCAGAACACUCCGACAACCCAGUACACCGACAUUGUACACUCAGAUAAAGGUAUCUUAAACUGGCUCCAAAACAUCCACACCCAUGGAAUUGGUUUUGUUGAAGGUGUACCAUCCACUCCCGAACACACGGAACAGCUCACUCAACAAAUCACUUUCAUUCGCCAAACCCACUACGGAACUUUCUGGGACUUCACCUCCGACCUGAGCCACGGUGACACUGCAUACACCGACAUAGCACUCGGUGCACACACCGACACUACCUACUUCACUGACCCGAUCGGUCUCCAAUUAUUCCACUUGCUACAACCGGCGACAGUCCAAGGCGGUGAUAGUCUCUUCAUCGACGGCUUCCACUGCGCAAAUAUCCUCAAGCAGCUUGAUCCACCCGCCUUCGACACACUCUCCACCACCCCUAUCCCCUCUCACUCCGUUGGGAGCCAAGACGCCAUCAUUAAACCUGCACAGCAGUCUGGCUAUCCUAUAAUCAACCUCGACAACAUCACCGGCGAGCUACUCCAAAUCCGCUACAACAAUGACGACAGAUCGGUGUUAAAUGCGUUGUCUCCGAAACGCGUUGAGGAUUUUUACAGGGCGUUAAAGAUUUGGAAUGGCAUCCUCAACGACCCCCGCAAUCAGUUCUGGCUCCCUCUUGAGAAAGGAAAGGUCGUCCUCUUCGAUAAUUGGAGAAUCCUCCAUGGUAGAUCUGCCUUUAGCGGCAAGAGAAGAUUAUGUGGUGCGUAUAUCAACCAUGACGACUAUAUGUCCAGACUGCGCACGCUUACUGAGAAACAUUUCGAUCAUGAUUUAAGGAACGAGUACGGAACCCUGUUUUAG